CACACAUAGGAAUUGUAUUUCCUGAGUCGAGUUGCAACACGGACACAUUUACAGUGACACAAAAGCGGCUGCUCUAACACACAGACUCUGUUAUCAAUGACUUCAUAAACUAAAUCCAAGUCUCCACUAAAUAAAGUUGAUCACGUUGAGCUCCACCAUGGCGGAAGGUGUGGACCUGAGCCGAAAGUUUGUUACCGAGUCAGAGAUAGAGGAGAAGAGAAAAAAACGACAGGAGGAAUGGGAGAAAGUUCGCAAGCCUGAUGAUCCCGAAGAGGCCCCUGAGGAGGUGUAUGACCCUCGAUCGUUAUUUGAGAGGCUACAAGAACAGAAGGACAAGAAGCAGGAGGAGUAUGAGGAGCAAUUAAAAUUCAAGAACAUGGUUAAAGGUUUGGAUGAGGACGAGGCUCACUUUCUGGACGAGGUGUCACGGCAACAGUGUCUUGUUGAGAAGCAAAGGAGAGAUGAGGAGAAACAGGAGCUUCAGGAGUAUCGAAGUGCUUUGAAGAAAAUGGUGUCCAGUGACAGUCAAAAGAAGGAGAGUGAGAAAAAAACUGCACCCAAACCCCCAGAGCAGAAGACCAGCCAUCUGUCUCAGGCGCACCUACUGGCUGGUGCAGUCAAACGUCGCAGUUCCUCUCAGUCCUCAGAGAGCAGUAAGAAGCAGAAGGUGGAGACGACGACGACGGUGGCAGCAGAAACAACCAGCAAUGGCAGUCAGACAGAACAGGAAACAGGGGAGCAGAAACCGGUGCCCAGAGGAGAUGUGACGCGAGGGGGCGUGCUUCACCGACCCUCUGCAGCCAUGUGUGUGGGCAUCCUGCCAGGGCUCGGGGCCUACUCGGGCAGCAGCGACUCCGAGUCGAGCAGUGACAGUGAAGUUUAAAUUCCUGCACCUACACCUGGCGAUGACACCCUGCGCACCUCCGUGGCUUCUUCCGUGCUGCUGACCAGGGGGAUGACGACUGACGUCUGUGGAUCGAAGAGAAGGCUGUUUUAUGUCACUUAAUGAGAUAUCUUCAGUAACAUCAUGCGAGCGAAGCAGACUGUUAUAAACAGGUCUGGUUGGAAGAAAAAUGUCUUUUAGAAGGCUGUCUCUUGAAUUUUUUUUUUUUUAAAUAAAAGAUGCAAUGCUAAAAAUGCUGGAUAUUUUAUGAACUGGUCCCUAUAAGGACAAAAAUGUGUGUAAAAGCUGGAUAACACAUUAAAGCCAAAAGGGGGAAAAA